GUAAGAGUCUUCCGGUCCACUGCGUGGUCGAGGCCAUCCACGGUAUGGUCGAGGCGCGGCCGAGCGGCGGACGAGACAACUGGCGACGGCCCCUCGUCGAAAUGGACACGUACGUCUUCAUACCGGCCAACAUGCCCUUUCAGGAUCUGGUGGGCGAGGCACUGAUGCGCCUGAGCUACUCGAACGAGCUGAUCCUGAGCGCGCGGGGCAGCAUCGUCAUAAGGAACUGGAAACCGCUGCCCACGGACAAGGUGGCGGAAGGCCCUUUGCUCACGGUGGGCGACAUUUUGGCGGAGCUGAUCAACCUGGCGACCCUCAAGAUACAGGUGUACAGAUCGAGGCCACCGCCGCCCACGCCUGCCUCCGAGGUCAGGGACAAGCUGCUGAGGCUACUGUUGCUGCGCAGCCACGCCGUUCUCGUGGCUGCCGGCUGUCCCCUCGACGAGUCGACCCUGUCGUCGCUGUGCCGGGGCGGUAACGAUCUUUCCGAGGAGACGCAUCGUAACUUUGAGGUGUGGCUCCAGCAGCAGCACCUUGGCCUCGGGCUGAACCCCCUGCUACAGCCAAGCCCGAAUCACCACCACCAUCCCCAUCACCCCCAUCAUCAUCAACAGCAGCAGCAGCAGCAGCAGCAUCAACCGCAACAGUUGCAGCAGGUGAACACCGGGGUAGUGGCAGGUGGGGCGCACCAGCAGCAUCCCGCUGGUCUGUUGGCGUUUUCUCACAAGUCGCGCAUGCGCACCUCCUUCGAUCCGGAGCUCGAGCUGCCGCGACUUCAACACUGGUUCGGCGAGAACCAGCACCCCACCCGCCAACAGAUCCAGCACUACGUGGCCGAGUUGAACGCCCUCGAGUCCCGCCGCGACCGCAAGCCCCUACACGUGAACAACGUCGUCUACUGGUUCAAGAACGCGAGGGCUGCCCAGAAGAGGGCCGAGAACCGGGGGCUCAACGGCUACAGUCCGCCCGGCCUCAGCCCCAGGAACGCGAGCAACGUCAGUGAGGAGUGCACCGACGAGGAAGAGGAUCCCAAACACCACUCGGCGUCCCCGUCGCCUCUACCACCGGCCAGUCCAUCCGAAGGUCCGUUGUCCUUGACGACGCGCCCGGAGGACCAGCAGCAGCAGCAGCAGCAGAGCCAAGUGCCCUCGUCGACGUCGUUGUCGGUGAAGCAGGAGGAUAUGUCGAGGGCCACGUCGUCGGGGUCCGAGGACGACGAGGCCAGUCCGACUGGGCCCAUGCCGAGUUUCUCCCUCGUGCCCAGUCCGAUGUUCAGCCACAGCGUCAUGUACAUGUCGCACUACCUGUCGCCCCGCGGACCAGCCGGCUGUCCCACCAGUCUACUCGACGAGAGGCGGAAGAGGAACCGGACCUUCAUCGACCCCGUCACCGAGGUGCCGAGGCUCGAGUCGUGGUUCACCCACAACACCCACCCCAGUCACGCGCUUAUUCUCAAGUACACGGAGGAGCUCAACCGGAUGGCCUACCGGCAAAAGUUUCCUCGCCUCGAGCCCAAGAACGUGCAGUUUUGGUUCAAAAAUCGCCGGGCCAAGUGCAAGCGCCUCAAAAUGGCGCUAUUCGACGGGGAACUGCCCAAGCCCCAUCCUUACCACGCCGAAUAGACGACACACACCCUCACACACACGAUCGCACACUCUCGGGUCAAUAAACGAUUAUACACGUAAAUAAAUAAAUGAAUAAAUAGUUAGUCAAAGGGCUUGGAGCGGCGCAGCGUCCGAUCGAUUGGUCGUUGCGUUUUUUUUUGUUUUUUUUCUCUCGAUCGAUGGUCGGAGGGGCCGUCACAUAGGAAGAUGAUGAAUACUCAACUGCAUACACACACACACACACACACACGCGCGCGCGCAUGGACACGUACACUCAGUGGAACUCUGAUCUGUUCCGGACCCUAUUUCAGAACUAUGGCGUGAAGUACUGUUCAAUAAUAGGGUCCGGGACAGAACAAAGUUCCACCGAGAACACACAAUCCUCGUCGCUGUAAUUACACGAUUCGUUAUGUACGAGUAAAAUGUAAUAAUUGUCACAAUAUGAAUGUAAAUAACAAUAUACAUAUGCAUAUACACAUAAA